CUGCGCAUGCUCUGAGCUGGACAGCUCCAGAGAGGGAAAUUUAAAAACGGUUCUUGCUGCGACGGCGGCCAAAUUGCAGAACGCGAGGGGUGAGCGCGAGGGAGUCCCCCUCCGAAACCCCCGCCCGCCCCAGAAGCGCCCGUAGCGGCGGCCCCGCGAGGAUCGGCUCCAGGAGAUGAUAGAAAGCCCCAUCUCAUCCAUAAUGUCAGGAAUUAUUCGAAACUCAGGGCAAAAUCACCAUCCCUCUCCACAGGAAUACAGGCUCCUGGCCACCACCAGUGAUGACGACCUUCCCGGGGACCUGCAGUCACUGUCAUGGCUGACGGCUGUGGACGUGCCGCGGCUGCAGCAGAUGGCAAGCGGCCGUGUGGACCUGGGCGGCCCCAGUGCACCACACCCACACCCAGGUGUCUUGGCUGGGGUGGCUGACCUGCAUGUGGGAGCCACCUCAGGUCCCCUGCUCCAUGGCCCGGCUGGCAUGGCCCCUCCUGACGUCCUGGGCCUGGGCCCCAUGGCCAACCACAGAGCCAGCCAGAUGAACCAGUUCCCUGUGGGGGGCCAGCCCUCAUCCAGCUUGCAGAACCCGCCACAGCUGUACUCUCCAGCUUCCCAACCACAGUUCUCACUUCCCCCAGGCACCCAGCAGUGCCCUCCUGUGGGCCUGUAUGGCUCCCCGUUCGGGGUACGGCCUCCCUACCCCCAGCCCCGCAUGGCUGUGCAUUCAUCUCAGGAACUCCACCCCAAACACUACCCCAAGCCCAUCUACUCAUACAGCUGUCUGAUUGCCAUGGCCCUGAAGAACAGCAAGACAGGCAGCCUGCCUGUGAGUGAGAUCUACAGCUUCAUGAAGGAGCACUUCCCCUACUUCAAGACGGCGCCCGAUGGCUGGAAGAACUCAGUACGGCAUAACCUGUCCCUGAACAAGUGCUUUGAGAAGGUGGAGAACAAGAUGAGUGGCUCCUCGCGCAAGGGCUGCCUGUGGGCCCUGAAUCUGGCCCGUAUUGACAAGAUGGAGGAGGAGAUGCAUAAGUGGAAAAGGAAGGACCUAGCCGCCAUCCACCGGAGCAUGGCGAACCCCGAGGAGCUGGACAAACUCAUCUCAGACCGGCCAGAAAGCUGCCGACGCCCUGGCAAACCAGGGGAACCUGAGGCCCCCGUGCUGACCCAUGCCACCACGGUGGCCAUGGCCCACGGCUGCUUCGCUGUUUCCCAGCUCCCACCACAGCCACUGAUGACCCUGUCCCUGCAGUCAGUGCCCCUGCACCACCAGGUCCAGCCCCAGGCACAUCUCGCCCCAGACUCUCCUGCCCCAGCCCAGACCCCACCCCUGCACACCCUGCCAGACCUGAGCCCCAGCCCCCUCCCGCACCCCACCAUGGGAAGGGCUCCUGUGGACUUCAUCAACAUUAGCACCGACAUGAGCACCGAGGUGGAUGCCCUGGACCCCAGCAUCAUGGACUUUGCUCUGCAGGGGAACCUCUGGGAGGAGAUGAAGGAUGAGGGCUUCGGCCUGGACACGCUGGGGGCUUUCGGAGAUUCCCCUCUUAGAUGUGAGCUGGGGUCCUCAGGCCUGACCCCGGUCUCCGGCGGCAGUGACCAGUCCUUCCCGGACUUGCAGGUGACAGGUCUGUACACUGCAUAUCCAGACAGUGUGGCCGCGUCAGCCGCCACCUCCUCCUCUCAAUACCUGGGGGCCCCCGGAAACAAGCCCAUAGCGCUGCUCUGAGCUGAUGUGCUCACCUGCCCCAGAACCUGGGCAGAGGGCUGACCGAGCCAAGUGGUCCUGGAAGAAAGGCCCUUCACUCUCCCACAGGCCUCUGAACCUCUGGUGGGGCUGCUGGCUAACAGGGAAGCCGUUCUCGGCACCCCCUGGCCCUCUCGCACCUCCACAGAAAGCCUUUGGGGCCUCCCAGGUCAGAGGGACAGAGGAGAGUGAGCAAGCAUCCCGACCUCCCUCACUCCGUGACGCUUCUUGGAGACCUGAGAUGUGAAGCGUCCAGCGUGCUUCCCUGCUGGGCUCCCUCCAUCACCUGCAGCCCAUAUGGGGACUCCUUGGGGCAGCGUGGAAACACCCUGGCGGGAAGGAAGGCCCUUUAAUUUAUUCUGCUUGGAUGAGACAUCUGCCUCUGCCUCCAGUGGACAGGCCGUGAGGCCCGGAGUGGAGCGGGCCGACUGUCUAACUUCUCCUGGACCAGAACCAGCUGAACUCUGAAAUGGGCGACCGCCCUGCUGGCCACCAGGCCCACUUCUCCUGUAGUUGGUUAGAAUUUCAUAGAGCAGGUCCCUGUCCCUGGGCCACGCCGGGCACUGUGACCCCAUAUACCUUUAUUUAUAUUUACUGGAGCCCAGCCACACCACCUCUCUGAAGCCAGCCCACAGCCCCUGGGGUGAGACUCCCUGGCCCCCUCCCUAUG